UGCACUUCUCCUGUACUUGUUCCCUCAACUUUGUUGUGAGGUGCAGUCAAAGAACCAUCUCCUUCUAUUGAUCUCUCCUCUCCUCCCUGUUUUUGAGCAUGGAGUUCAGAAGAUGUGCGAGUUCUGGUUUGUGUGUGAUGCUGACCCUGGCUUUGGUCAGGGCUUUGAUGUUAGAAGAGGAUCUUGAGGAGGGUGUAGAGAAUAAAGAACUGAGUAAGGCCAUUUUGGAGAUGCUACACAUCAAUAAGCUCUCGGUACCUCACCAGGCCAAGCCACACCCGUACAUGAAGCAGGUUUACCAGCUACUGGACACGCAGGAGACGAGGCAGAAGAGUGAUGCAGACGGGAUGCUGGUGCAGAGUUUCCGCAGCAUCCAAGGUACAAAAUAUAACACUCCUGGAUGGAUCUGGUUCAACGUGUCCCACCUGAGGCCCUCCAUGGCCGUGGCUGAGCUCGUGCUGCUGAGGAAGACCCUGCACCCCGAGCCGCUGACCGUCACAGUAGCUGUACACAGUCUGUCACCUGGAGCCGGGAACCUGAGCAUCAGCGGCCCCCUGGCCGAGCAGCUGCUGACCCUGGACCAGCUCCCCUCCUCAGGCUACGACGUGUUUAACGUAACGGCAGCUCUGACUCAGCAGCGCCGCCUGCCGGACGCUCUGGGCUUCCAGCUGCGCUUUGGGGAUGAGAGCGGGAGCCUGGUGCUGCACGAGGCCCUCACUCAGAGCCUCUACUGCCUGAACGGCAGCUCCCUCAGCCAGCCGCUGCUGGUGGCCUACAGGGUCAAGCCCGUGGAGCUGCACGAGGGGGCUCACCGGGCCUCAGGACAGAGCUCCGAGCGCGGAGUGAGGCAGCACUGCAGGGCAGACACUCCGUACCUGAAACGGAGGACACAGUCCAGACAGCAGAGGAGAAAUACCAACACUGCAUGCAGACUUUCUGUACACCACGUAGAUGUUCACAAGAGUGAUCUGGCUCAGUGGAUUCUGCAGCCGGCCUGGUUCAACAUUAGCUUCUGCAGAGGUAUGUGCAUAAAAGAGAAAUCUGAGCUCUCUGUGGAUGAACUGAAGCAGUAUGAAAGGCACUGGGAAAAUAUCACAAUCCAAAGCUUACACUGCAUUCCACAGGAGCUGUCCCCCCUCAGAGUGAUGUAUCGAAGCCCCACAAGUGACAUUAUGAUAAAGGAGAUUAAAGACAUCAGGGCAGAGAGAUGUGUCUGCCCACCAAGGCUGAAUAACAAGUGAACUGAAGCACAGAUACCUGCUAAAAUACAAAGUCAUAGAAUAGUGUGUAUUUUAUUAGAAUAAUAUAAGCCAAUGUAGGGAGAGUGCCACAUGAACCAUGGCAGUGAUAGAUUUAUAAUGUAUGAAUUUAUAAUAAUGUAAGUUAUCUAAUUCUGUGGGUUGUUUGUGUAAUACACAUAUCAUCAAUAAUAAGUAUGAUGGCCCAGCUUAAUGUGUGUUGUGUUUGCCCUGUUUAAAUCACCAGAUUUAACCUAUGCAGUAAAUAAAUCAAGUCAAGAGGCUUGUAUUGCCACAAGUUAGCUCCACAAAAACUGCAUUCCUUCAGGACCAUGCUGCAAAAUGAAACAAUACUGUACAUACAAUACAAACACAGCAGAUGUUAUACAAUUAACAGAUUGAGAUGCAGUGCUAAUACAGUACUUUCUGAAUGUGUGUGGCGUGGAUAAUUAUUUUCUCAAUAAUAAAAUGGGAAAGUAGUAACAGAGCUGCAUAAAAUGUGCAAUGCAUGAUAUAUCAAUAGUUGAGACUGAGAAAUGAAAAUCGUGAACAAGUGCGACUACUGGCUUGUUUACACCAGAAGGGGGCAGAAAACUGCAAAGCAAAGAAGAAUGAAAAUAUCCCAACUACAUUUACAGUUACUUAACUUUUUUUAAAGAUUCUCACAGGCAUUAAAGUACGGCGAGUUAAUAUCACAACGAUACAUAAAUUAAACGAGAAAGGAAAAUAUAUAAGAGAUCAUUAGCUGUAAAAGGACUGAGAGUCGAAUCCCAAAGUAAGUCACUCAUUUUCAAACUCUGUAGGGAAUUCUUGAGUAGAUUCAAAAGCUUUGGACUCACAGACUUUAAAGUACGAGCGUGGAAAGUACUGAAAUGGUACAUAAAUUAAAUGACAGACGGUAACUGAUAAGAGAUCAUUCAUGUGAAUCACUCCUUAGGGAAUUCUAGAGUCGAUUCAAAAGCUUUGAACUCAAUUUUACACAGACUUAUAAGUACGAGCGAUUUAAUACCGCAAUGAUAUAAAUAUACGACAGAGGAGAACUCAAAAGAGAUCAUUAAUUGUAAAAGUGGAUGAGAGUUAGC